AUGACCAAGGAGACGACAGGGCGGGCGUCUCCCGCGGGCGGGCAACGCCUGCGGCUGGACUUGGGACUGGAGCGCUGCCCUGCCAACCUCCCGUCGCCCCCACCUCUCCCUCCUCCAAGAUGCAGGUUUGCGGCACAGCAGCGACGACGCAGGCGGCGGCCCCGGCGACUCUCAACUGCCUCCCUAACCACCGAGACCACCGCCCAACACCGCCGAGAAGCCAUCGCCAUCACCGGCCGCACAAAAAAAAAAACCCUACGGGAGGCACGGCGCCGGCUCGCCCCUCAAAAUGGCGGCGGCGGCGGUGGUGCGCCUGCGUACGGAACUCCUCUGGCGCGCCAGGGCCGGCGGGAAGUGAGGUUUUCAGAAGAGCCGCCAGAAGUGUACGGCGAUUUCGAGCCCCGGGUAGCCAAAGAAAGGUUCCCCGUGGGAAGACGAACCCAGCCACAAGAGUUCCGGCCCGAUUCUAGGAUGAACCAUCUUCCCAAACUGUUUUAAGCCAAACAAUCUCAAAGAAAACUGUCAGAACCCAAGAGGCUACAGUGGUGAUUGAAGAUCUUCUAAGCAGCCUACGCAGACCCCCUCUCAGAAGCCCAAGAUCUGAUUCAGCAUACAGGACAAAUGGAAGUACUAAAAUGAAUGAAUUAGAAAACACCAGUGUCCAACAGAAGGUCAAUUUUUCUGAAGAAGGAGAAACUGAGGAAGAUGAUCCAGAGAGCUCUGACAGUGAUGGCACUACUGUUAAGGUCAGAUCCGGGGAUUCUGUUGAGUCUGGAGAUCAGAACACCAGCUCAUCUAGUCAGUAUCCAGGAUCGCUUUGGCUGUCAUCUCAAAGUCAAGACUUAAUAGCUCAUGAUAAACAACCUUCUGUGCUGAGCUCAGGAUAUCAAGAAAACCCUCAGGAAUGGGUCAAACAAACUCCAAGAAUGAGGACUAGGAUUCCAACAUCUUCACCAGGCAAGAGUUUACUCUAUGGCGGUUUUUCAGAUGAUGACGGCAUUCAGAAAUCACAGCUUGGAAACCAGUCUCCAUCAACCUCCAGCCAACAAAUGACUGGACAACCCAAAAAUGCAUCUUUUAUCAAGAUGAGCUGGAGAUGGCUACUUUUUCCGAUAGCUGCUCUUGUCUUUGGAUAUUUUUGGUUCGUUCCUAUUCCUGAGGUGGAAACCACUGCUGUUCAAGAGUUCCAGAACCAGAUGAAACAACUUAUGGAUAAGUACCAAGGUCAAGAUGAGAAGCUGUGGAAACGAAGCCAAACGUUCCUGGAAAAACAUCUCAACAGCUCCCAUCCUCGGGCCCAGCCUGCUAUCCUGCUGCUCACUGCUGCCCGAGAUGCCGAAGAAGCACUUAAAUGUCUGAGUGAACAAAUUGCUGAUGCCUAUUCUUCCUUCCGUAGUGUCCGUGCCAUCCGGAUUGAUGGAGCAGACAAAGCUUCUCAAGACAGCGAUGUCGUCAAACUAGAGGUGGACCAGGAGCUGAGCAAUGGGUUCAGAAAUGGCCAGAAUGCAGCUGUGGUACACCGCUUCGAGUCUCUGCCUGCGGGCUCUACUUUGAUCUUCUAUAAAUACUGUGACCAUGAAAACGCAGCCUUCAAAGACGUAGCCUUGGUCCUGACUGUCUUGUUGGAGGAGGAGACACUCGGAGCCAGUCUAGGCCUAAAAGAAAUUGAAGAAAAAGUGAGAGAUUUCCUCAAAGUCAAGUUCACCAACUCCAACACGCCCAACUCCUACAAUCAUAUGGAUGCAGACAAAUUGAACGGGCUCUGGAGCCGCAUUUCUCACUUAGUCUUGCCCGUGCAGCCUGAAAAUGCCCUGAAAAGGGGUGUUUGCUUAUAAGGAGUGAGAGAAGAGAAGAUCGUGCCUCGAGUUCUGGGAGUUUUUCAGACUUUCUAACCAGAGACAGGAUUCAGAGCUCUUUUUGAAAGAACUGGUUUCUUUUUAAAGGAAGUUGAGUUCUUACAUAAACAUGGAACAUCUAAGUCAUUUACUCAGCCUAAUUAUCUGUUACUUGAGAGAAUCAUUCAUUUCUUGUUUCCAUUGAGAGCUGUGUUAAGGGAUCUUAGAAGUGUACAUUAUAAGCAUCCCAUAGAGGAUCUGUUUUGAUUCUGGGCAGAAUCAUUACUGCCGUGGUGUGACCAGUAAGAGAUUAGGCUCCUUUCUUCUGAAUCCCUUCCUGAUAUUUUUUAAUUUAGGUUUUUUCUAAAGUUUUUUAGUAAGGCAGCUCCCUAACUCUAACCAUGGGUUUUCUCAUUAUAUUCCUAUUUACACAGUGUACGUAUGAGUUCCUUAGCUUCUGCUGAUAGCAGCAUAAGUAACAGAAGGUCAUCUGGGUGGGUACGUGGGUUUCUUUUUGCUCCCUUUGGUUUUGGAUGGUGGAGAAGAGAGAAGAAAGAAAUUGUCGAGUGGGGAAGGAAAGGGGGGAAAAAGUUCAAGAUGAAAUGUUACAAUAAGCCACUGAAACACAGGUUAGUCAGAUAGUAGGUAUGUGAAAUGUUACACUAGUAAAUCCUGUUACAAUUUGUUUUCCAUAUUUUUCCCCUUAAAUUCCUGAUCCUUCCAAGAAUUUUUAAAGCAUAUAUAUAACAAGGUCUAACAUAUUUACUCAUUUGACUCAUAAGAGUAGGUGAAUUCACAGCAGUUUAUUUUGGACAUAUCUUGAAGCUUUUAUUUUGAAUUAAAUAUAGUUUCAGGGAUUAAUAAACCAUGGGUAACGGCUUUCCUGGGCUAUUGAAGGAGGAUCUAAUUUUCUGCGUGUCCACCUGUUGCAGUCUAAGACCCUUAACGACACUCCAUAAUCAAUAUGAAGACUUCCUAUGCACGUGAGAAAUCUUAUUAAGAGUGCCUCAAGCCAAAAAGACUGAACUUUACCGCAUAUGAAGAAUGUUACCUAUAUUUCUAUACUACUAUAGUAUAUUUUAGCUGCAGCUUUGCAUCCAUAAUUGAGUUUUCUCAUCUGUCAACUGCUUUGGUUUUCUUAAAAUCUUUUGAUUUUAGAUCCACCUUGUUUUGUAAUUAUCCACAAACCUUUAAAUGCAAAUAUUGCUUUUAGAGCCCAUCAUUGGCUUCCUCAUUUAGAGAGUGAUCUAAUUUAUUUUCACUAGGACUGCCAGUAUUCAUAAAUAUAUACCCCUUGUUGUAAUUUGUUCCUGUCAGAGUCAAGUCACUUGAUUUAUUUUGUAGGGGAUUAUAAAACAGUUUUUGAAAAGGCUUAUUUUAUACCUACAUACUAUAUGGAGAAACAAAUGUUUUUAUUAAAUGUUUCCCUGACCCAAAUAAUUUUAAUGUAAUUAAUGUUACUUAUAUCUUUCAGAAAAUUAUAUCAGAUGAUCUGUAAAUGACUUUAAAUGCUAUUUUAGUAAUUUAAAUAAAGUUGCUUUUGUGGUUUGUA